AUGAAGUACAUCAGCGUGUGUGUUGCUGCCACAGUUAUCAUUGCUUGCCUUUGUAUCUUGGAGACAUCAGCUGUUCCUCUCUCUGAGGUAAGUUUUACAGUCUAUACCAGACAAUGUUUGGAGACUGGGCUUAAAUUGAGAUGGUUAUUACUGCAGUCAAGUUGCUGCCAUCACUGUCAAAGCCGUCGUUGCCGGAUCUGUUGCAACUGCUGCCCCGGCAUGCGAGGCUGUGGAAUUUGCUGCAGAUGGUAA